AUGUUCUCCGCACGCCACAUUGUGCGGUACUUUGUGGAUCGUCACACCGUUGCAGUGAUGACGGCGUUUGUUUUCUACGUCUUCCUCCUUAGAUGGUGCGGGCGCAUUGGCGUGCGUGAGGUGCAGCAGCGAGCCGCUGCCGUCGCCCGCCCUCAUCGCAGCAUCCUUGACAUUUCAGCGUUUGCAGGACCGACGUUCUCGGCCUCGGUACUGGCGCAGAGCGUGUCUGUGGCUGUUCUUCGACUGUCAAACGCUGAUGUAGAGCUGCUGCAUGGUGGCCCUCUCGACCGUGUACCGUCACAGGUCGAGAGGCAGCAGCAGCUGCUGGCCCUGUCGUCCCGCUGGCAGUACUACUUUGCCGUCGGCGACUUCACCCUGGUCUCUGCACCGGCACGCUUAACCUCCAAUGGGAUGCUGACGGAGUGGAUCACCAAACUGGAGUCGGUAUACCCGACAUGCGUGUUCGCUUCUCUUACCGACAAUACGGAGGCCGAUGCCACCGGGGAUGAAAGACGACUUCUCAUCCUGCCCACCACCUGGCAGUCACAUCGACGUGCGUUGGGCGGUCAGCAGCAGCAGUCUCUACGUGUCCUGCUUCUGGAGACGCUCCCGACUCUGGAGCGACUUCGGGAGACCGAGGCGGCGGCUACCGCCGCUGUUGAUGCGAGUGGAGGCGUUGCUAAAGACCCCCUCUUUGUGUUUGUGUCGGAGAAUGCGACUCGCAGAUGGUCCACUGCCAUAGACGCUGCGGAGCUGACGCGUCCACCGGCGGAGCGAUGGCGCAGUGGGAAGUCAAGCCUUGAUGCGUGGGAGGAGAUGCUACAGACAACGUCGAUGCCUCGAGCAGCGCUUCGUGCUGCCGUCGCUGCCUCUGCCAUGCCACCUACUGGGGAGGAUCCUCCAGUGUCGUAUCGCCGUCGCCUUUUGGCGCAUCUGCGCCGGGAGAAGGCCCAGGCGCCGCCCCCGACCGCCAUGACAGACGCGGCGCAGUACAUUCCGCUGCUCGCUGUGCAUCUCGCUGACACCUACGGGGCGCCAUACGUGAUCUUCGCUUCGUGGUGCUCCUCCGUUGGGACCUACGGUUGGACAGCUACCAGGCGGUUGGAGGCAAGCAGUGAGGAGCAAGCGUUGGUGCUUGUGCUAUGCCUGCACGAGAACGAGCUGGUGGAAAUCAUACCCUCACGGCAGUAUGUCUCAAGACACAUCCAGGAGUGA